AUGAAGUUUGGUAAACAUAAAAAAGAAAAGGAAAAGGGAGCAGUAGUUGUAGCGUCCUCAUCAUCAGGUGGUGCAGAAAUUAGUAAUAAUGCAAAAGAAUCGACACCUAAAAAGUCUUCUAAAAAGAGUAAAGAUAAAGAUAAAGAUAGUGAAUCAUCAUCAUCAAGUGUAGAUACAACAAAAAAUAGUAAUAAUAAUAGUAAUAACAGUAAUAAUAAUGUAAACGAUAAAAUAUUUGGUGGACCACUUCCAACGGAUGAAGAUAUACCACCAAUCAUUGUACAGACGAUAGAAUACCUAGAAACCUAUUCACUAAAGACACCUGGCAUCUUUAGAGAGAGUGGAUCAUUACAAUUGAUCACAAACUACAAACAAUUGUUUGAAGCCCGCAAACCAGUCACCUUUGCACCACACGAAGAUCAUGUCGUCGCAUCCAUCCUUAAAGCUUAUCUACGUGAAUUAAAAGAUCCUUUAUUCUCUUUUGAAAAUUAUGAUAUGUUUAUAGCAUGUGAAUCUAUAAAUGAUGAAACUGUUAAAUUGGAAGUAGUUAAAAAGGUUAUAAAGUUGUUACCAGUGGUUAAUAUAAGGGUACUUAGAUACUUGUUUUGUUUUUUGACAAAGGUGAUUGCCAAUUCCGAGCAGAAUAGGAUGACUGCCGAGUCAUUGAGUAUUGUCUUUUUGCCAACGAUUCUUAGACCUUUGGCAAACGAUCACCAGAUACUACAGUACACUGUCGAGGACUCCAAGAGUACCAAAACAUUGAUGGCGACCAUUAUCAACCAUUACGAGGCCAUCUUUGAAGACCCAAGUGUCUUGAUGCCACGUACACGUCAGACACGUGCCGUCACAGAGUUUGUCACCUCUACAUCGACCCCAUUCAAAUUCAAUCAAAUCACGCCACCUCCACACCUCUACAUUGCAUCUCCUCCCUUACCACCCCUUCCCUCUAAAAGUGCUGCUACCAUCUCUACCCCCUCUACUCCAACUCAUAAUAAUAAUAAUAAUAAUAAUAAUGCUCAACCUUUUACUCCAUUGGUACUAUCUCCAAGAUCAAUUGAUGAUAUUAAUGUUCAUACAACUACAACUAGUACUACUAGUACAACUACUACAACUACAACUACAACUACAAAUAAUAGUGUCACUACCGCAAUUCCAAUUGCCGAUGAUACAGGUAGAAAAGAAGUGGAUUCAUCAAAAACUGGAACUUCACCACCUUCUUCCUCGUCUACAUUAUCAACAUCACCAAGUAAAUCAUCACAAACCCAACCUCCACCACCAUCAAUGUUACCAACCAACAAAGUUGGUGGACCACCACCUUUGCCUGUAAAACCAAACUCUUUUCUCUUUACUACUCCUACAAUCAACAACAACAACAACAAUAAUAAUAAUACUAAUGCUAUACCAAAACCAGUACCAAAAAUACCAAAAGAGAAAACUGGAUCUUCUCUAAGUGUAAAUCAACAACCAUCAACUAGCACAUCUACCACCCCAACUGCACCAGCUCCAACUUUCCCAAAUGAAUCACCAAAAAUGACUAGAAAAAUAUUAUUUGAAGCUGAAACUAGACCAAGAUCUUCUACAAGUAUCUUUAAAAGAUACCAUCCAGAUGCCAUCCAGUUCCUGUUUCCCUCUUUAAUUUUUCCAUUUCCUCCACAAAAUUUCACAACAAAAAUUUUCAGUGCUGACGAUUCGGUGAAAAAAUUUUCAAAAAGCAAGCUUUGUUGUUCUCAAAAGUCAGCUACACCAAAAAUAGUAGUAGUAGGUGAUGGAGCUGUAGGAAAGACUUGUAUCCUUAUUUCAUAUACCACCAAUUCAUUCCCAGGUGAAUAUUGUCCAACCAUAUUUGAUAACUAUAGUGCAAAUGUAAUGUUGGAAGGAAAAGCAUAUAAUUUGGGACUUUGGGAUACAGCUGGUCAAGAAGAUUAUGAUCGUCUUAGACCACUUUCAUAUCCACAAACCGAUGUUUUUAUGCUUUGUUAUAGUACCAUUUCACCACCAUCAUUGGAUAAUAUCAGAUCGAAAUGGUUCCCAGAAAUACAACAUCAUUGUCCAAAUACACCAAUUGUUUUAGUUGGAACCAAAGUUGAUUUAAGAAAUGAUAGAGCUACUUUGGAACUCCUUCGCGAAAAGAAACAAGUACCAGUUACUUUUGAACAAGGUUUGGAACUUUCCAAAAUAAUCGGUGCACAAUCCUAUGUUGAAUGUUCUGCAUACACACAAAGAGGUUUAAAAGAUGUUUUUGAUGAAUGUAUUAGAAUUCAUACCAAUCCAAUUUCAAAAACUAAAAAAAUAUUAAUAAUAAUCAUGCAAUCAGUUAAAAUAGUAGUAGUCGGUGAUGGAGCUGUUGGAAAGACAUGUAUCCUUAUUUCAUAUACAACCAAUUCAUUCCCAGGUGAAUAUAUUCCAACAGUAUUUGACAAUUAUAGUACAAAUGUAAUGUUGGAAGGAAAAUGUUAUAAUUUGGGACUUUGGGAUACAGCUGGUCAAGAAGAUUAUGAUCGUCUUAGACCACUAUCAUAUCCACAGACCGAUGUUUUCAUGGUUUGUUAUAGUACCAUUUCACCAUCAUCUUUGGAAAAUGUUAAAUCUAAAUGGAUCCCAGAGGUACAACAUCAUUGUCCAAAUACACCAAUCGUUUUAGUUGGAACCAAAGUAGAUUUAAGAAAUGAUAGAGCUACUUUGGAACUACUUCGUGAAAAACAACAAGUACCAGUUACUUUUGAACAAGGUUUGGAAGUCUCCAAAAAAAUAGGUGCACAAUCCUAUGUUGAAUGUUCAUCAUACACUCAAAGAGGUUUAAAGGAUGUUUUCGAUGAAUGUAUAAGAGUUCAUAUUAAUCCAAUUUCCAAAUCUAAAAAAGUAAAGAAAUCUAAAUGUUCUAUUUUUUUUUUAAAAUUACAUUUCUUGUUUAGUGGUCCAAGUGAUUCAGGUGACUAG